AUGUACCGAUGUGCACUGUGCACAACGGUUUCGUUAACGUAUCCAAGUAUCGAAGAAUUAGAAGUUCAUAUCGCUGCUGACCACGUUAAUUAUGUUCCCUAUGAAUGUGAGAAAUGCCGAUUUUCUCGAUAUCCAACAGAAUUUGCACUUAUUAGUCACUAUACAAAUGAUCAUUGUAUGAAAGAAUUUUACGUGAAGUAUAAAGUAACUCCUGAUUCAGAAAGAAUGAGAGCACAAAUUAGAGAAAUUCUUCAACAAUAUUCAUUUUAUUCUUUGUUUAUUCUUUUUUGUGAAAUAAAAGCUAACGAAAUCAUUAAUAUUUAUUUAUUUUUUAAACUUGUAGCAGCUGGUUUAACUGAUACGCUAGUAUGUGAUGGCAAUUCUAUGUUUGAUGCAUCAGUAAAAGGAUUUGAGAAUGCGAGUGAUAUUGGGCAACCGUUAAGUCCAGUUAAAAAAAAAAUUAGGCCUCCACGAACAUGUUCUCUUUGUGGUUUGCAGGUCACUGGACAACGGUCUUCUCUCGUUUAUCAUGCUAAUUCAAAACAUUUGCGUGUGUCGCUGUUCUUCUGUCGACCAUGUAAUAAAACAUGGACAACAGUAACUAAAUCAGAUAUUGUAAAACAUGUAAAAGCCGUACAUGAUGGAGAUGAAAGUGUUAUUGAGGAUUAUCGGACACAAUAUGCUAAUGAAAUUCGACAGAUCACCGAUAAAUGUUUUCCUCCUCGACAUCGAGGUCCAUUUUAUCAUUUUCUUUGUGUUUAUUUGAAUCAAAGUGUGUUCAAUGAAUUUUAUCAAUGGAUUUUUGUCUGUUUUCGUGAUAGAUUUUAA